CGCCCCCCCCCCCCCCCCAGCCAGGAAACAAUAACAAACGGAGGAGGAGGAAGCGACGCUGGGCUCUGCCGUGUGGAACGCUUCUCCUUCGAGAAGAUGCGCUGCGGGCCCCGUGAGGAGACGUGAAAGGGCUCGUGGACUCCAGCCAGCCCUCGUCCCACCUGCUGUCCACCUGCACCCCGCCGGGGGAGGGCCUCGCGGUGGCUGCCAUGGCGGGCGUGGGGCCGGGGGGCUACGCGGCGGAGUUUGUGCCGCCCCCAGAGUGCCCGGUGUUUGAGCCUAGCUGGGAGGAGUUCACGGACCCACUCAGCUUCAUCGGCCGAAUCCGGCCUCUGGCCGAGAAAACGGGCAUCUGCAAGAUACGGCCGCCCAAGGAUUGGCAGCCUCCAUUUGCAUGUGAAGUUAAAAGCUUUCGCUUCACUCCAAGGGUCCAGCGCCUGAAUGAACUUGAGGCAAUGACUAGAGUGAGACUGGACUUCUUGGAUCAACUGGCAAAAUUUUGGGAGCUUCAAGGAUCUACUUUGAAAAUCCCUGUGGUAGAGAGAAAAAUCCUGGAUCUGUAUGCUUUGAGCAAGAUUGUUGCCAGCAAAGGAGGUUUUGAAAUGGUCACCAAAGAAAAGAAGUGGUCUAAAGUGGGUAGCCGCUUGGGAUAUCUGCCAGGAAAAGGAACUGGGUCUCUUUUGAAAUCGCACUAUGAAAGAAUUCUCUACCCAUAUGAGCUGUUCCAGUCUGGUGUCAGUCUUAUGGGUGUGCAGAUGCCUAAUUUAGAUCUUAAGGAAAAAGUGGAACCUGACGUUCUUCUCACUGAUACCCAAACUUCCCCAGAUGCUGGCACCAGGAUGAAUCAUUGGCCGAAGAGAACAAGACGCCUAAAAUCUCAGUCAGAAGCUGGAGACAUGAAUAGAAACACAGAACUGAAAAAACUUCAGAUUUUUGGGGCUGGGCCCAAGGUUGUGGGCCUGGCAAUGGGCGUAAAAGAGAAAGAAGAUGAGGUCACCCGAAGACGAAAAGUUACCAGCAGAUCAGACGCAUUUAACAUGCAAAUGAGGCAACGGAAAGGAACUCUCUCAGUUAAUUUUGUUGAUCUUUAUGUUUGCAUGUUUUGUGGUCGGGGAAACAAUGAAGAUAAAUUGCUCUUGUGUGAUGGAUGUGAUGACAGCUAUCAUACAUUUUGUCUUAUUCCUCCACUUCCUGAUGUGCCCAAAGGAGACUGGAGGUGUCCUAAAUGUGUUGCUGAGGAGUGUAACAAACCUCGUGAAGCCUUUGGAUUUGAACAAGCUGUACGAGAGUAUACACUUCAGAGCUUUGGAGAGAUGGCCGAUAACUUUAAGUCUGAUUAUUUCAAUAUGCCAGUACAUAUGGUUCCCACGGAACUCGUAGAAAAGGAAUUCUGGCGGCUAGUGAGCAGCAUUGAAGAAGAUGUUAUUGUGGAGUAUGGAGCGGAUAUCUCCUCCAAAGACUUUGGAAGUGGAUUUCCUGUGAAGGAUGGUAGGAAGAAGAUGCUACCAGAAGAAGAGGAAUAUGCACUUUCUGGUUGGAAUUUGAAUAAUAUGCCUGUUCUAGAGCAGUCUGUUCUUGCACAUAUUAAUGUGGACAUCUCUGGUAUGAAGGUGCCAUGGCUGUAUGUGGGGAUGUGUUUUUCUUCUUUUUGCUGGCACAUUGAAGAUCACUGGAGUUACUCCAUCAAUUACCUACACUGGGGGGAACCAAAGACAUGGUAUGGUGUGCCAUCUCAUGCUGCAGAACAGCUGGAGGAGGUGAUGAGAGAGCUGGCUCCUGAGUUAUUUGAAUCCCAGCCUGAUCUGCUACAUCAGUUAGUCACCAUCAUGAACCCCAAUGUGCUAAUGGAACAUGGUGUGCCUGUCUACAGGACCAAUCAGUGUGCUGGAGAGUUUGUUGUGACGUUCCCUCGUGCCUACCACUCUGGAUUUAAUCAGGGGUACAACUUUGCUGAAGCUGUGAACUUCUGUACUGCUGACUGGUUGCCUAUUGGACGUCAGUGUGUGAGCCAUUACCGCCGGCUGAGGCGCCAUUGUGUCUUUUCCCAUGAGGAGCUUAUCUUCAAGAUGGCAGCAGAUCCCGAAUGCCUGGAUGUUGGCUUGGCUGCUAUGGUCUGCAAAGAACUGACGCUCCUGACUGAAGAGGAGACACGGUUGAGGGAGUCUGUUGUGCAGAUGGGUGUGCUGAUGUCAGAAGAAGAAGUGUUUGAGCUUGUUCCUGAUGAUGAACGGCAGUGUUCGGCAUGCAGAACCACAUGCUUUCUCUCUGCUCUCACGUGCUCUUGUAAUCCUGAGCGGCUUGUAUGUCUCUACCAUCCAACUGAUCUCUGUCCCUGCCCCAUGCAGAAGAAAUGUCUUAGAUAUCGUUACCCAUUAGAAGAGCUUCCUUCCCUUUUGUAUGGCGUGAAAGUCAGGGCACAGUCCUAUGACACCUGGGUCAGUCGUGUUACAGAAGCAUUAUCUGCUAACUUCAACCAUAAGAAAGAUUUGAUUGAGUUGCGAGUAAUGCUGGAAGAUGCUGAGGACAGGAAAUAUCCAGAGAAUGAGCUCUUCCGAAAACUCAGGGAUGCGGUAAAAGAAGCCGAGACCUGUGCUUCUGUGGCUCAGUUACUCCUGAGUAAAAAGCAGAAACACAGGCAGAGCCCAGAUAGUGGGAGGACACGGACUAAAUUGACAGUGGAGGAGUUGAAGGCCUUUGUCCAGCAGCUUUUUAGUCUUCCAUGCAUCAUCAGCCAAGCUCGACAAGUCAAGAAUUUGCUGGAUGAUGUGGAAGAGUUUCAUGAACGUGCUCAGGAGGCCAUGAUGGAUGAAAUCCCGGAUUCUUCUAAACUCCAGAUGUUGAUAGACAUGGGCUCCAGUCUCUAUGUGGAGCUCCCAGAGUUACCUCGAUUGAAACAGGAACUACAGCAGGCUCGAUGGUUGGAUGAAGUAAGACUGACCCUGUCAGAUCCACAACAAGUCACUUUGGAUGUCAUGAAGAAACUGAUCGACUCUGGAGUAGGGCUGGCACCCCACCAUGCUGUGGAGAAAGCCAUGGCCGAACUGCAGGAGCUGCUUACAGUCUCUGAGAGAUGGGAGGAGAAGGCUAAGGUCUGCCUCCAGGCAAGACCACGACACAGCGUGGCAAGUUUAGAGAGCAUUGUGAAUGAAGCCAAGAACAUUCCAGCCUUUCUACCCAAUGUGUUAUCUCUGAAAGAAGCCUUACAGAAGGCUCGAGAGUGGACAGCUAAAGUGGAAGCUCUUCAGAGUGGCAGCAACUAUGCUUACUUGGAGCAACUUGAGAGUUUAUCUGCUAAAGGACGUCCUAUUCCUGUGCGUCUUGAUGCGCUGCCCCAGGUGGAGUCACAAGUAGCCGCAGCACGGGCUUGGAGAGAACGCACAGGGCGGACCUUUCUGAAGAAGAAUUCGAGCCAUACCCUGUUACAGGUGCUGAGUCCCCGUACUGACAUUGGUGUGUAUGGGAGUGGUAAAAAUAGACGGAAAAAAGUUAAAGAAAUAAUAGAAAAGGAAAAAGAGAAGGAUCUGGACAUUGAACCUUUGAGUGACCUGGAGGAAGGACUGGAAGAGACCAGAGACACAGCUGUGGUGGUGGCAGUUUUCAAAGAACGGGAGCAAAAGGAGAUUGAAGCCAUGCAUUCCCUCCGAGCAGCCAACCUAGCCAAGAUGACCAUGGUGGACCGCAUCGAAGAAGUGAAAUUCUGCAUUUGCCGCAAGACAGCAAGUGGGUUUAUGCUACAGUGUGAGCUCUGCAAAGACUGGUUCCAUAACAGCUGUGUUCCCCUUCCUAAAUCAAGUUCCCAGAAGAAAGGAUCCAAUUGGCAGGCUAAAGAAGUAAAAUUCCUUUGCCCUCUUUGUAUGCGUUCUCGAAGGCCGAGGCUAGAGACUAUUCUGUCACUUCUGGUGUCUCUUCAAAAGUUGCCUGUACGGUUGCCAGAGGGGGAGGCGUUACAGUGUUUGACAGAACGUGCUAUGAGUUGGCAAGAUCGAGCCCGGCAGGCCCUGGCCACGGAUGAGUUGUCCUCUGCUCUGGCCAAGCUGUCUGUGUUGAGCCAGCGUAUGGUGGAACAAGCAGCUCGAGAAAAAACUGAGAAGAUCAUUAGUGCAGAACUCCAAAAAGCAGCUGCCAAUCCAGACUUACAGGGACACUUACCUAGUUUCCAGCAGUCUGCUUUUAACCGGGUAGUGAGCAGCGUGUCGUCUUCCCCUCGACAAACAGUGGACUAUGAUGAUGAAGAAACAGACUCUGAUGAAGAUAUUCGGGAGACGUACGGCUAUGACAUGAAGGACACAGCUAGUGUGAAGUCUUCCAGUAGUCUGGAGCCCAACCUUUUUUGUGAUGAGGAGAUCCCUAUCAAGUCUGAGGAGGUGGUAACUCACAUGUGGACAGCACCUUCGUUCUGCGCAGAGCACGCCUACUCUUCUGCUUCCAAAAGUUGUUCUCAAGGUUCUAGCACACCAAGGAAACAACCUCGAAAGAGCCCUUUGGUGCCCCGGAGUUUGGAACCUCCAGUGUUGGAGUUGUCACCUGGAGCCAAAGCCCAGCUGGAAGAGCUGAUGAUGGUGGGAGAUCUCCUAGAAGUAUCUCUGGACGAGACUCAGCACAUUUGGCGCAUUUUGCAGGCCACUCACCCACCCUCUGAAGACAGAUUCCUGCAUAUCAUGGAGGAUGACAGCAUGGAAGAGAAACCAUUAAAAAUGAAGGGAAAGGAUUCUUCCGAGAAGAAGCGGAAACGAAAGUUAGAGAAGGUAGAACAGCUUUUUGGGGAAGGAAAACAGAAGUCUAAGGAGUUAAAGAAAAUGGACAAGCCUAAAAAGAAGAAAUUAAAGUUAAAUGCAGACAAAUCAAAGGAGCUGAACAAACUGGCCAAGAAAUUAGCAAAAGAAGAAGAGAGAAAGAGAAAGAAGGAGAAGGCUACCGCUGCCAAAGUAGAACUUGUGAAAGAGAAUACUGAGAAGAAAAGAGAGAAAAAGGUGCUGGACAUCCCCUCCAAGUAUGACUGGUCAGGAGCAGAGGAAUCUGAUGAUGAGAAUGCUGUGUGUGCAGCACAGAACUGCCAGAGGCCCUGCAAGGACAAGGUAGACUGGGUACAAUGUGAUGGUGGCUGUGAUGAAUGGUUUCAUCAAGUUUGUGUGGGUGUAUCUCCAGAAAUGGCUGAAAAUGAAGAUUACAUCUGUAUAAACUGUGCAAAGAAGCAGGGCCCAGAUAGCCCAGAUGAAGCACCACCUCCUUCCUUCAUAAUGAGCUACAAACUGCCCAUGGAGGAUCUUAAAGAAACCAGUUAGCAAUUGCUUGUUUAGUUUGGGACUUGGGGGAAAAUGGACCACAUUGAGACCCUAGUCAUCAAGCAGAGUGGGUUAGAUCCGCUCAGAAUGUUGCUUCCAAAGAUGAGUAACCUUCAGAGAAAGUUCCCUUAGUGCUGGCUUCUGCUUUGCGUGGACUGUGUGAGCUACGCUCUCUAUCAACACAUCUGUGCGGAGGGCAUCUUUGGUACAGCAGCCAGUAUUUUACCUCAUGUCUCUGUGGGUAUGGUUGACUCCAUCAAGGGCAGAUACUUGAUUGAUUGAGCUGUAGGGUGACAGUUUGCAUUAAAUAGAGUGAUGUGCUGGCAGGGUGUGUGGAAUGUGGCUUACCAGUCAGUAGAUCAUAGAGGCUUGCAACCUAGGCAUCACCAACUGAAGGUACUGAUUGAUUGGGUCUCAUUAGUUGGGAUAGUUCAAAAAGAGGCAGAGCACAUUUUCCUUCUGUGGAGGUACAAGGAGGAGAAACGGGGUUGAAAUUGUGGGGUGGUGACAGUCUGCAGACCUCAGAUGCUUGUGCUUGUUUGUCCCGAGAAGAAAGCCUCACGUGAGGAUACUUAUUGUCUAGGGCAGGUCAUCUAGUUUUCCUGAGGAAGAGGAGGUCGUGAUCUAGGUCAGAAAUGCGGUUGGGUUGCCAGAAGGAAAGCUUUUCCUGUCCCAAGGAGGGAGGCUCCCUAUCCCCUCACCCUGUUUGGAGAAGUCUGGCUGUCGUGGGUCUAAACUUUAGAGGGGAGCGGGUACAUGAAUCCAGGCUUCUGGAGGAAGAAAAAAGAAGACAACGACCAGUCAGGAUGUCUUACAGAAUCACAGUGAUGCAUGCGUUUCAGGAAAACCUUCAUUCAACGUAUUCCAGACGCCACCAGGCUUCGGGCAUGAGGCAUGGCCGUGAGCAAGACCAGAUAACAGCUUUUUGCCUGCAGCCCUGACCCUGAGGUCUCCUGUUUGCAGCGUGGGGCCGCAUCAGAUGUUACGGAGUAACACCUUGGCCUCACCAGAGGAGAUGGGGUCAGAGCACCUCUAUGGAGGAAGUUGUUUUAGUAAAUCCAUUUUUAAAAAGAAAACAAAAGAGGACUUGUUUUUACUUUUUUUCUAAAUGUCUCUGACUACUGACUUCUAUAAAUAGAUUAUUUUUCUUUUCUAAACAUACAUAUAUGAAUAUAUAAGUAAAUACAUAUAUCUAUAUAUAUUUACUGUUCCCAGAAAUGUAUGACUGAGUUUCAGCAUCAAAAAAUCCAUUUGGGGGCUUUUUUGGGUUUUGCUUUUUAAUAAAGAACCCAUUCCUUCCUUGUAGUACAAGGACUAGCACUCCCUUUCCCACCCUGGCCUGUCUGGUUCUUCCAUGUUGCUUUUGUUCAAAUAGGCAAUUACAGUUCCUUUACAUGUUGGGACCUAACCCUGUCUUUUUGAGAAAUUUGGUCUAGUCUUUGCUGGGUUUUUUUUUUUUCCUUUUGUAUGUGAAUGUUUGAAACUAUGGUGCUGUGUCCUCUGCUGUGUUCUAAGAUGUUAGUUGAGCUGUAUGUAGUUUUAUUAGAAUAGGACUCAUUUUUCUAAAGGACAAAAAAAAGUUACUAAAAAGUGUUUUGUCUUUACUAGUGUGUGUCCCUUUUUUUGCCUUGAACUCAUCAGUUUGCCCUUGUUUGGGAGUAAUGGGCUGGACUCAGAAACAGCUGGUAACCUCCUCUUUCCCUUUUGCUGCAGUCUCUUCUAAGGAAAUGUCUUCUAGUAACUAGAAGUGAAUUGUACUGUCCAGUUACAGUCUGAGUGGGUAUGAGAUUUAACUCAAAA